AUUAUAACCUUGAAAGCUGCACACAGCUCCUGUGAGGUGGCUGGAUCAUGUUGAUUAGGUAAGGCCAUGUGAGCUGAGGUAAGGUACCUUGGGUAUGAGCAUUGAGGCAUCCGGGUGGACUGCACGUGUAAUCAAUUUGGUAGACUUAUCGCAGGUACGUACUUGUAUGCACCUCCCAUCUCUGGCUCAUGCAUCAAUAUGCGUGCUGUAAGAAGACGCUUCAACUUGCUUCCACUAACUCAAUCUCAGACUCGACCCCAACAAUGCUCGCUGUCACAGACCGCCGCCGCUGCCAUCGCGCGCCACUCACUGCGAUCUUGGUCCUCGGGUCGGGGGGUCACGGCCCAUGGCUGGAUGUGCUAAGACUGUGGGAGGCCAAGAGCCCAUUCCCGAUCUUAUCUGGAGUGUUCCAAGACUGCCCCUCGAUUGCAAGCCACGAGAAGCCGCCUCUUAAGGCUCUUCUUGCUCGGGAUCGAUGGAAUGGUACCUUGAGGUAGUUACACCGCUCCCCCAGCGGCCUCACGGCUCGAUG